UUGGCAUCCCGUCGCGGUGGCAGAGGCGGAGUGGAGGCCCGGGAGGGACGGCCAAAGCACAGUCUUGCAAAAGGGAAAAGGACAUUCAGAGAGCUCGGACAAGCCCUUGGUCCCCGUCCGCGGUCCCUUUGUGCCGCAGAGCAGGAGAGUGCGGUUCCCCGACCACAGGUGGCGCGGUUACCCACUGCCAGCGCUGACGGCCCAGCCCUUCGGACGGCUGGGCAACGUGAUGGGGGAAUACGCCUCCCUGUGGGCCCUCGCUCGCAUCUACAACGUCACAGCCUUCUUGCACCCGUCGAUGAAGGCCAAACUACACUUCUUCGACGCGCUUUCCCUUCCUGAGAUUCCUGGAGCCUUCGUGCGAUCCGAGUGGCAGGACGUAAGGAAAACGGGCAGUUUCUUCGCCUACAACUACACCAACAUCGAGAGGGCGGCGGCUGGUCUCCUCGGACCCAAGCGCUUCUGCUUGAAACCUUAUCCCUUUGAAAUCCAUCUCUUCAAUCCAUUCAAGGAGGAAUUACGGCGUGAGUUUGUUUUCCCCAAAAGAGUACAAGAAAAGGUGAGAGAGAUCCUGGCAGACGUGCAACAGAAGUGGCAAUCUGCCAACAACAGCACUGUCCUCCCGGUGCUGGUCGGGUUCCACGUCCGUCGAGCUGACUACGUACGAUAUGCCGCGAUUAACUUCAGAGCCAGUCUGCCGGAGGACAAGUACUUCACGCGGGCCCUCAGUCACUACAGGCAAAAGUUCCCUAACGAGGUGGCCUUCGUGGUGGCUUCGGACGACAUGGCCUUCGUCAGGCAGAGACUCGGCCAUUAUCCAGAUGUGUUUUUCUCCUCAGGUGAAUCCGCCGCAGACGACAUGGCGCUGCUGUCGUCGUGCAACCACAGCAUCGUCACCAUGGGCAGCUACGGCUUCUGGACGGGGUUCCUGGCGGGCGGCGAGGUCGUCUACCCGGACCUCCACCUCUCUAGGAGUUACAGGUUUUCCAGAGCCAUGUACCAGAGAGCUAAUCUCACCAAUUUCAUUCCCGUUUCUGCCGACUAGCCUCGCCCGGUUUUAUGUACAGGAAACUAAGCAGCUGUGAUUAGCAGACAAUCAAACAUAUUUUUAUUUGUAAUGAUGUGACGGACGAAAAUGAAAUGUACGAUCGUCUUUAUGUUUAUGUUCGCAUACGUACAUGUACACAUAAAUACAUACAUUCGUACAAACAUACUUACAUGCGUACUUACA